UCUGUGUAAUGUAGAUAAAUGUGAGGGAUUUUCUCUCUAAAUCCGUCUCCUGUUCGCUAAAUCUCACUUCUCCAAAACGAGCCUGCGCAAUGGAACAAAGUCGGAAUAUUGAGAUGUGACAUUGCCCGCAUCUCAUCCUCUUUCUCCCCGUUUUUAAUGACUUCAAACAAGUUCAUUUUCGCCGGGCUUUGUCUUGCGGAGACCCGUGGGGAUGUCUAGCGCUCUUUCCUUUCAGUGGCAUUUAUGUGAUGUCUUCAAGAGUGCGAUGUGCUGUAUCUCCUGUAGCCACACCCUCUCACUACUGCUGUGCGUCCUCACCCUGACUCCGACGGCAACAGGGGCGGGCCCAGAGACCCUGUGCGGGGCGGAGCUCGUCGACACGCUGCAGUUUGUGUGUGGAGAGAGAGGCUUUUAUUUCAGUAAACCAACAGGCUACGGGCCCAAUGCACGGCGGUCACGUGGCAUUGUGGACGAGUGCUGCUUCCAGAGCUGUGAGCUGCGGCGCCUGGAGAUGUACUGUGCACCUGCCAAGACUAGCAAGGCUGCCCGCUCUGUGCGCGCACAGCGCCACACAGAUGUGCCCAGAACAGCUAAAGUUAGUACCAACGGGCACAAGGUGGACAAAGGCACAGAGCGUAGGACAGCACAGCAACAAGACAAGACAAAAAACAAAAAGAGACCUGCAGCUGGACAUAGUCAUUCAUCAUUUAAGGAAGUACAUCCGAAAAACUCGAGUCGAGGCAGCACAGGGGGCAGAAAUUACCGAAUGUAGGGGAGCACCGAAUGGACAAACACCCAGCGACUUGGGAAGAGAGAAGGGAGUGGCCUUACCUGGUACCUCUGUGGAAUGGUUCACUGUAAAACAAAACAAAGAUGAGGCUAACAAUGGUCUGAAACGCUCUCAAAAAUGCUAGAGCUACAAGGUGUUCGAUGAGGGAUCUUGUGAUUAUUUUAAUACACUGCACCAUUCCAUAUCAGGAGGAAUUCUUUGUUAACGCAAUGUAACAAACUAGUUUUAGCUGCUGAGGCACGAACAAGAGCUUAUUUUACCUCCAAAGCCUGAGCUGCAGUGUCCUCUGGCUCCAGGAAAAGGUGGGAACAGAUGCAGGCUUCAGCCAAUCAGAGAGCGGCACACGAUGUUUGUGAAUGAGCAGUCAAUUCUGCAGAGCUAAACUUUAUUAAUCUGAGAGAGUGGAUUAUUUGCUCCUUGGAAAAGCAGGAUACUUAGCCACAGGUCAUAUAUAACAACUGCUACCCAAGAUAAAGUAUUUUAUUUGUAUGCACUAUGCAUUGUUGGGGAUUGUGGUUCAGUAUUUUACCAUAAACCUGAGAAAAAUCUGUACGUUUCAUUGACAAAAAGCAGCGUUCUUCCAUCCAAGCUGAAACCUUGAAGAUUCAACUUCAAUCCAAACCCUGUCUAAGCUUCAGGAAGUGUUGAGAGCCUAAAAGAUACAAUCCAAAAACUUCUGGAACAAGAGAUCAAGCACCAUUAGGGGAGAUUUUUGAGGAACAGUGAGUACUACCCAAAUAUGAUUGUGAUUAACCAAAAAAACUAAAUAACCAGAAGCUAAAUUGAGUUAAAGUUUCUUUGGCUUGUUAGAGCAUGGUGCUUGUGUGGUUGUCAGAAAUGGGUCAUUCUGUGGAAUCAAAGUGCAUUUGGCAAAAGUCAGUGGAAUAAGUUAAUUAGCGACAAUCAGGCAAAAUGUUUGUCGUCUGCAUCCGUUUCACAUGUCACCACUGCGGCCAAAUCUGAUUUUUUUUUUUUUUUUUUUUUUUGUCAAUAAUCCAGUGGCCGGCGAUCAAGUUUGAGUGGAGGGCUGUGUUCAAGGUCAAGCACAAGUCAUCAAAGUUUAGUCACGGUGAGUCAACGCAGAAAUUUAGUGAAAUACUUUCAGAAAGAUCCUUAAAUAUGAGGCUCUAUCAAUGGAAGUAUAAUGAUUCAACCAUCUGUAACCUCCUGAGACCCAAUCUUUUAGUGGAAAUGCAUUUUUAGUUUCUCACACGUAUUUAUCAAGAGUAGGACCUGAAAAAGCUCAGCUUUAUCUUUGAUCAGGAGGUUUCUCUUUCUGAGCAUGUCUGUCAGUCAGUUGUUCAGUUGUUCCUUUUGAAUUCCUGAAAAUAUUAAAGCAAAUUCACCCAAAAAUUUCCUGUUAAAUUCCUGAAAAUGUACAAAUGCAUUCCCCAAAAUUCCAUGGAAAAAAUAAAAAAAUCCCCAAAACAUCCAAACAAAUUCCCCAAAACUUCCAUUAAAAUCCUUUGAAAUGUCAAAGGACACAGCCCCCCAAAUUCCCAAUAAAAUUCCCAAAAUGUAUGGAUAAAUUUCCCACAUUUCCAUAAAAAGUACCAUAAUAUUUCAAUGCAAAUACCCACCAAAAAAUCAAAUCAAAUUUUAAAAUAAAGAAAUACAUUGCUCACAUUUCCAUUAAAAUGCUUGAAAAAUUCCAAGCAAAUUCCCCAAAAACCUCCAAACAAAUAAAAAACUGAAAUUUGCAUGAAAAUUCAAAGGAUACAACCCCAAAAUUCCUAAUGAAUCCCUCAAAAUUUUAAAAACAAUAACCCAAAUUUCCCUGAAAAUACCAAAAUAUUUCAUUGCAAACUCCUAAAUUCCCCCAAAUUAUUCAAACAAAUUCCAUGAAAUUUCCAUUAAAAUUCUUGAAAAUUUUAAAGGACACAACCCCAAAUUCUCAAUGAAAUCCACCCAAUUUACAAAUAAUUUUCCCAAGUUUCAAUGAAAAUACUAAAAUAUUUCCAUGCAAAUUCCUCAAAAAAAAAAUCAAAUUUCAAAAUAUUAGAAACAUACCUUCCAAAUUCCCAUGAAAAUGCAAAAAAAAAAAAAAAAAAGAAAUGCAGUAAAUCUGCUUUAAAAUUCCGCAAAAUUGUCAGUGCAAUGUUCCCUUAAAAUUCCUGAAAACGUAUAAAUGCAUUUUCCAAGAUCUGAUGAAGAUAAUGGAAAAAUCCCCAAAACAUCCAAACAAAUUCCCUGAAAAUUGCAUGAAAAGGGAAAUUCCCAAUGAAUUCCCCCAAAGAAUUUCACUAUAAACUCCAAUGAAACUUUCCAAAUAUACAAACAUGACCCCAAAAUUUCCAUGCUUAAAAAUUCCCAAGCAAAUUCCCCAGAAACUGCCAAACAAAUUCUCUGAAAUUCUCAUGAAAUGUUUUGAAUUUUUCAAGGGACACAACCCCCAAAUUCAAAAACUAAUUCCCCUAAAAAUUUAGAGAGAAAUUUCCUAAAUUCCUUAAAAAUACCCAUAUAUCUCAGUGUAAAUCCCCCCAAAUAUUCAAAUCAAUCAAAUUUAAAAUGCCAGAAGAUUCCAAAAUAAAUUCCACCAAAUGUCCAAACAAAUCCUUAAAUUUCCAUAAAAAUACCACAAAAUUUCAAAAUAAAAUUUACCCAUAACAUCCAAUAAAUCUUUCCAAAAUAUACAAACAUGACCCAAAAAUUUCCAUGAAAAUGCUUGAAAAAUUCCAAUCAAAUUCCCCCAAAAUAUCAAAACAAAUUCCAAGAAAUUUGCAAGAGAAAUCCAUGCAUUUCAAAUCAAAUUCUUCCAACAUUUCCAACCAAAUUACUUAAACUUUAACAGACAUUUUGAAAAAUUAUCUAAAAAUACUACAAAACUAUGUUGUGGGAAAGCCAAAAUGUGAUAUCCUCAUAUGUACAUGCAGGGUCUUAGGAGGUUAAUUUAUUUAAUUAGAGGCUACUCUGGUUGUUGCCUGGACAGCAGUUCCAGAUACUGCAAGAUAAUGUUCAUUUGUCAUAAAAUCAAACAAAUUCAAAAAAAUUACAAGAUCUGGUACAUUGCAAACAAAAAUGGCAAGUCUUCCUUUAAAUGUGCGAUACAGCACACAUAAAAAAGAACACAAACAAAGCACCCACAGUGUAAAUGACAGUUGUGUAACCGUGAGCAAAGGUCACACAAACACACAUGUUUCAUAAAAGCCAGUUCUUGGAAAUCCUUGCAUGGGGACUGACAGUCAUGCCUGUUUGUUCAAGCCUCUGUGUGGAUUUACAGUAAUUUUAUCUCACAUUAAAAAUCGCCCAUCUCUGGCUCUGCCUCCUCUGCCUGUGUAUAAUCAAACAGUACUCCCAUUUAUGUUAACCUAUGCAUUACUAUCAUUCAUUGUACAUGAUGGUUUCAUAUAACAAAACUGUAUUAAGAAUCCUAUCCACUGUAUAAUGGUGCUAUUUUGUAGUUUGUUACUUGCAAGAGAUGGCUAAGACAGACAGAUGGCAGGGCUUACAUUGGAGGUCUUCCCUUUUGCACAGCCUUGUGGCCACCAUUUUAAUAGUGUUUUUAUUUGUAAGCUGUUUCAAUACGGUAGUUGUGUAAGCGAGUAAAUGUAUCUGUGUGAAAUCUGUGAAUGCAUGGAGAUUAAAAAAAGAAGAAGAAAAUACAAUGUUGUGGUCCCAAGAAGGCAAAAUGCUAUUUUUUCUACUGUUUUUGAAUUAUUUUCUCAACAAAGAUCCCUUAUGCCAAAUAACUUGACAAAAGUACUGUGAACUGUAAUUCUUCCAAUUGUAUUAAGAUUGUUAAAAUUCAUGGUGUGCUUUUGUCUGUCCUGAGAUGUGUGUGUACAUGCACUUCACUGGAAGCCAAUGUAUUGAUUAUAGGAGCUCUUAAAGUGAGACUCUGUCAUUUUUGCUUUGUCACCCGGACUGUUUCAUAAAUCUAUUGCAUAGGUUAUAUUUCAUGUUCAUCUGGGAAACUUCCUGUACAAAGUGUCUGUGAAGGGCAGGACUUUUUUAGAACAUUCUCAGAAGGUGAUUGGGCAAACGUUCUGUCCUUCACAUUCAUGACGGGCCAAUUAGAGUGACAAGACAAAAUGAGGUAGAGGUUAUGCGUAGCUCCAGAAGUAACCUGAGCUCGACAGUAAGAUACUGUUUAUUAAAGUAUGGUUCUUUUAUAAUAACCUUACUUAUUGUAUGGCCGGCAACCUCCACUAUUAGAUAAUCUGAGGGCCUCAAUGCCUUCUGGGACACUAGGACAACAUGCGCUAGUAUGAGGGUCUGCAGAAAAGCAAUUGUUCUCAAUAAGAUGCUUUCAAUAAACUACUACAUUUAUCUGGAAUAAGCUAAAAUGUCUUAUAAUCUAGAAGAACUAAAAAAAGUCACAGAGCAGUCAGUGCAAAAGAGGAAUCUUAGAUUUUGGAAAUUAGCAUGCUUGCAUAGAGUUACAAUAGAAAUCAACAUCUUUUUUGUGUCUUUAUGUGAAAUAUGAAGCUUCAACCACGAGCUAGCUAGCUAGCUAGCUUUGCCUAGCACAGUAUAAAAUGCGCUCCUUUUCCCAAAGAAAGCUAAAAUAAUCCAAUUAACACCAUGUUUUGAAGCUUGUAAUUUACUUUAAUGUUGAAGAAAACCUAUAUGUCAGAGACCCUAUGCUAGUGUAGCCUGUUGUAGCCUGACGUGCAUCACCACAAGUCAGUUGUUCAAAGACAUCCACUUUAGUUGAUUGACUUGUUAGCUUUAAUUAAAUUAAGACUAACUCAGUUUUUUUUUUAAGUAUGGUAAAGAUAUGUUUAGAUGUGUACCCUUUGGAGUUGCUGUUGGGCAGAGCAAGGCUGGCUGUUUUUCUAAGCUUAAGCUUAUUAGGCUAAGCUAGCUCAUGUCUGGUUAUAGCUUGAUACUUUACAUAAAACAUACAAAAUAAAACAAUUUAUUUCAUCUAACUCUAAAGAAGAAUAAGCUAAUCUCAUUUUCCCAAACUCAAAAACUACUGUUAAGAUUUUCUUAAAUAAGCUAGGAUAAAAUUAGCCAACUUAAGCUAACAGUCAAAUGGCCAAAGCAGGCAGUAAUGACAUAAGAAUUGUCUUCUUAAACUCCAGUAAAAAGGAGACUAAAAAUUUAAAAACAAAAUAUUUAUUGAUGUGCAACUUUUUAAGCUGCUGUUGGGCAGAACCAAGCUAACUGUUUCAAUAAGUGUCAAGUCAUGUUAGCCUUUCUAGCUAAUGUUAGGUGAUAGCUUGAUAUUUUGGAUAAAGAAACAAAAUCAAAUCUAUUUCUGUGCAAAAAUGAACCAAGCUUCUCUAACAUCCUGAAUUAUGGUUAAAAGUUUUUCAAACAUAAGCUAGGCUAGCACUAGCGUACUUAAGCUGUUUCACUUAGUAGCAAGUCAUACUAGGCUAAGCUAGCUAAUGUCAGGCUGUAGUUUGAUAUGUAUCAUAAAGAUAUACAAAACCUUUUACCAAAAUCUACUUUUGGGCAAAGAAGAACUAGGCAUCCCUAAAACUGUGAAUUACUGUUAAAGGUUUUCUGAAAUAAGUAAGGCUAAUAUUAGCCUAAUUAAGCUAACAGUCUAAUGACAAAAACUGGCAGUAAUGACAUAACAUCUACCUUUCUACCUAACUGUUGAUAAAUGAUGAAUAGAAAGAAAAAAAAACAUUAAAAAAAAACAAAAAAAAAGUGUUAAAUGGUUACUUUAGUGCUGCUGUUGGGUAUUUCCAAGCUAGCUGUUUUACUGUCAAGUCAGGCUAGGCUAAGCUAACUGAUGCCUGGUUAUAGCUUGAUAAUUUACGUAAAGAUAUACCAGACCAACAAAUCCUAAAUGCUCCUGCUAGGCAAGAAUGAACUAAGCUUCCCUUAAAUCAUGAAUUAUUGUUACAAGUUUUCUAAAAUUAGCAAGGCUAACAUUAGCCUACUCAAGCUAACAGUCAAAUGACAAAAUUCGGCAGUAAUGACAUAACUACCUUUCCCAACUGUUGAUAAAUGAAGAAUAGAAAGAAAAAAACAUUAAAAACAAAAAAGUGUUAAUGUGUAACCUUUAGUGCUGCUGUUGUGCUUAACCAAGCCAGCUGUUUUACUGUCAAACCAUGCUAGACUAAGCUAACUGAUGUCUGGUUAUAGCUUGAUACUUUAUACAAAACAAACAAAUACUAAACUUUGCUGCUGGGCAAGAAUGAACUAAGCUCCUCUCAAAUCAUGAAUUAUUGCUUAAGUUUUCUAAAAUAAGCUAGGAUAAUAUUAGCGUAAGCUAUAAAUCAUUACACACAAUUGUUUUGAUUUAAUUACUGUGGAGAAGAAUUUGCUACUCUUUGCAAAAAUGACAGAGUUUCACUUUAAGAACAAGCCAGGUGUUUCAUUUAUUUUGACCAAAACAUUUAUUAGAAGCUCUUUGAAUUCAAAUGUGUUUCACUUAUUGAUUUUAAGGUGUGUUUUUUUAAUAAUUAGAGUUUUAAAAUGGGAAUUUGAAUAUGCACUUUGUUCAUUUUUUACAAAUGCGGUCGACCUGGCGACUGAAAAGAAAAUCUGGUUGGAGAACCUCCAGUCCUCCCAGAUCUUUAAAGUACAAACCAAAGACUUUUUAAUGAGAACGAAGCCUCACUCAUUAUUAUUAUCAUGCCAUGAAUUAAUCCAGAUCAUUGAAUAUUUUUAAAUGCCAUCCUUGUCUGAAAUGCACUGCAGCUACAGUACACCCUUCACACACUGUCUCUGGUACCUGAAAUAAAUACAGCUUGGCAAAGUGAGCCGGACAAACGUUCCUCAGUGCAGCGAUGAAGAAAGCUACAGCAACCGGCUUCUUAUCACGAGACCAGUCGAACAUUUCUGUGUAUGUAAAAUGAUCAAUAAAGGCUAAAAAUGUUGGA